GCCCGCAGCGCCCUCCCGGAGCGCAGGGCGCCCGCCCAUCGCCAUUGGGCACCCGAGACUAUGGGGAAGCUAGUGGUGCUGACUGUGCUGGGGGUCGGCCUGGCCUUAAUCGGGGAGAGGUUCCUGGCGUUCAGAGGAAAAAUGAAUGCAUUUCGAGAAGUAGAGCCAGUAGAACCCCAAAACUGCCACCUUAUUGAGGGACUCGAAAAUGGCUCUGAAGAUAUUGAUAUACUUCCUAGCGGGCUGGCUUUUAUCUCCAGUGGCUUAAAACUCACACCAGGCGCCUGGAUUAAAAUUUUUUUUUGAAUGCCAAAUUUUGCACCAGAUAAACCAGGAAAAAUCUUCCUGAUGGAUAUGAAUGAGCAAAACCCAAAGGCUCAACCACUACAAAUCAGUGAUGGAUUUGACAAAGAAUUAUUUAAUCCACAUGGGAUUAGUACUUUCAUCGACAAAGACCAUACUGUGUAUCUUUAUGUUGUGAAUCAUCCCCACAUGAAGUCCACUGUGGAGAUAUUUAAAUUUGAAGAACAACAGCGUUCCCUCAUACACCUGAAAACUAUAAAACAUGAACUUCUCAAAAGUGUGAAUGACAUUGUGGUUCUUGGACCAGAACAGUUCUAUGCCACCAGAGACCACUAUUUUACCAACUUCUUCUUGUCACUCCUUGAGAUGCUCUUGGAUCUUCGUUGGAGUUAUGUUCUUUUCUACAGCCCAAGAGAGGUCAAAGUGGCUGUUACUGGAUUUAUUUCUGCCAACGGGAUCACCAUCUCCUUAGACAAGAAGUAUGUCUAUGUAGCUGAUGUAGCAGCUAAGAACAUUCAUAUAAUGGAAAAACAUAACUGGGACUUAACUCCACUGAAGGUAAUAUAUCUGGGCACCUUUGUGGAUAACUUGACUGUCGAUCCUGACUCGGGAGAUAUUUUGGCAGGAUGCCAUCCUAAUGCUAUGAAGUUGCUGAUGUACAACCCUGAGGAUCCUCCAGGAUCAGAAGUACUUCGCAUCCAUAAUGCCUUGUCUGAGAAGCCCAGGGUGAGCACCGUGUAUGCCAAUAACGGCUCUGUGCUUCAGGGAAGCACUGUGGCUUCUGUGUACCACGGGAAAAUUCUCAUAGGCACCAUAUUUCACAAAACUCUGUACUGUGAACUCUAGACCAGAUAUUCUCCCCAAUCUACCUGUUUCAUAAAAGAAAACAUAUAACUGUAGGAUAAGUAGAACUGUAAGUAAAUAACAAACACCAGCUAAAGUGUAUAGAGCUUUUCUUAUGUAAAAAUAAAGGAGCAGAGAGAGGUUUUAUGUGAUAUCUACCACACUGCAAGUCAAGUUAGUAGGAUCCCAAUGAGAAGUCAAAUUUCUCAACUCUUUGUAUAAUACUCCCAAUAUUCUUUUUUUUUUCCCCAAUAUUCUUUUUAUAGUAAGCUGCACCAUUGAGGUUAUUAGCUCACCUAGAGUUCCUUAGUAACUCUGAGCAAAAUUGUCUUCUACAACUGUGAUGGGAUGUUCUCUGUCUCCUGUGGAAGCUAAUGUUCUAAUAUUUCCAAUGCCCAUUCUCUUCCCCCAGUUAUGCUGGGCACAAACUGCUAAUCAAGUGUAACAGCCUGCAGCUAGAAGGGAGAAUUGGCACCAUGAGCCUGUCCAAGGCAACUUGUAUUCUCUCAGAGUAUAGACACACAGGAAGUCAAGUUCUGAAAAAUAUGACAGACUUGGCCUGUCCAUUUCUAAUAGGUUGUUCUUGGUACCAAUACCUAUAGCUGAAGUAUUACUUAUCGACAAGAGAAACUAGAAGAUCCAGCUUCAGCUUAGUGCCCCUGCUCUUGCCCAGGUGGAAUUCUUGCUCUCAGUCUUCAGCUAUUUAUAUCUCUCACCCUGGAUGUUAACUUUUGGGGAGAGGCCCUAGGAAGAUGGCACAAGCUAGGACUCCUCCUAAAAUAAACCAUUUACCCAUCAUUGCCGAAAGAUAGGAGCCUGGAUUGCCCCAUGUUCAUCCUCUCUUUGUCCUGUCAUUGUCCUUUGAUAAUUUGUUUCUUCCCUUCUAAUGCAUGUACAGGUUGACCAACAGAGUUUUUACAUAGACAGUAAUCCAAAUCACUUUCCCCCAAAUAUAAGCACUGCCAAUGUUUAUGUGAUUAUCCUGAACCUCUUCCCCACUUUUCUUGGGAAGGAAAAGAAUUGCCCUAACAAUAAAUGCUCCAUUUUGAUGA